CCCGGCGACGUAUCUACGUAUCUCAAUCUACCGGGCGCUCCACAAAGCACUCCCGUCCAACAACGCGAGGCUGGGCUGCUCAGCGGCCACUGCCUGUUGAGGGACGCCAUGGAGGUGGCGGUGGCGCGCGCCUGCGGGCGUGAGCCCCGGCCGUGCCGGGGCCGACGACGACAGCGGGUGUUCCGCUCCCGGGGCCUCCUCUGCGUGAUGGGCGGAUUUCUCGCCGUGGCCCUCGCUAUCGACCUUUCAACGCUCGCGCGCGGCCCGAGGAUAGGGCCCGGGAGGAGUCUGCGGGCGGCGGCGGGGAGCGACGGCGGCGACGCGCGCGCGCGCGACCCCCCGGCCGGCGCCGGGGCCGCCCGGGCGCCCCCGGCCCCCGGCGGCGCCGACCUCCGGGACGGCGAACCCGGGCCCGACCGCCCGAGGCUCGGGGAGCGGUCGCCCCGGUCCCUGAGCCACGCCAAGAACGCGCAGCAGCAGAAGGAGAAGAACCCGUUCUGGGUCGGCGACGCCUUCAUCCACAAGAAGGGCAAGGGCAACCAGCACGGCAACUCGCCGCUCGUCGUCUUCCACGUGCUCGGCGUCUGCUACAUGUUCCUCGCGCUCAUGAUCGUCUGCGACAACUUCUUCGGCCCGGCGCUGGACUGCAUGGUCGAGAAGUGGGAGAUCGACGACGACGUCGCGGGCGCGACGUUCAUGGCCGCGGGCGGGUCCGCGCCGGAGCUCGCGACGUCGUUCAUGGGACAGUUCGUGUCGCGGUCCGACAUCGGCUUCGGCACCAUCGUCGGGUCGGCGGUCUUCAACGUGCUCUUCGUCAUCGGCAUGUGCGCCCUCGUCGUGCCCGGCGGCGCGCUGCCGCUCACGUGGUGGCCCCUCUUCCGCGACUGCUCCUACUACAUCAUGGGCCUGCUCGUGCUCGCGGCCUGCGUGUCCGACGAGUCCAUGGUCUGGUACGAGGCUCUCAUCCUCUUCCUCCUCUACCUCUGCUACGUGACCAUCAUGGCCUACAACGAGCCCCUCGAGAUCUUCACGACGCGCCAGUUCGGCAUGGAGAAGAACGCGAAGGUCCGGCCCGGCGGCGAGGACCGGCCGUCGAUCGCGCGCGCGGCCGCGGAGGCCAAGAAGGCCGCGUCCGACGGCGGCGCGACGACCGUCGAGGUCGCGGCGUCGGGCGGCGGCGCGCCGAGCGACGCCGAGGGCGUCGAGGCCGCCGAGUCGCCCGGGCCCGACGCGGGCGCGGGCGUCGGCGUCUACUCGAAGCAGAUCUACGACAGCGUGCCCCCCGACGGGCCCGGCGCCGCGGACAAGGCGGCCAACGGCGGCGAGGAGGCCAAGGGCGGCGAGGAGGAGGACGAGGACGAGUGGGAGGACCCCUGGGCCUGGCCCGACGACGCGCCGGACCGGAUCCUCUUCAUCGUCGCGGCGCCGCUCAAGGUCUGCCUCUACGGCACGCUCCCGGACUGCGCGCACCCCGACAAGAAGAAGUGGUUCCUCGGCACCUUCGCCGGGUCCCUCAUGUGGCUCGUCGUCUUCGCGUACAUGAUGGUCGUCUGGACGACGAUCAUCGGCUCGGUCGUCGGCAUCGGCGACUACAUCAUGGGCCUCACGGUGCUCGCCGCGGGCACGUCGAUCCCCGACGCGCUGAGCUCCAUGUACAUGGCGCGCGAGGGCCGCGGCGACAUGGCCAUCUCGUCGUCCAUCGGCUCCAACGUCUUCGACAUCCUCGUCGGCCUCCCCGUGCCGACGCUGACGAAGUACCUCGUCGUCGCGAUCAUCGGCAACCCGCUGAAGAACGCGAGCUGGGACUUCUCGACGACGGGCAUCGCCUUCGACACGAUCAUGCUCCUCAGCAUGGUCGCGCUCGUCGUGCUGAGCGUCAUGAGGAACAACUGGACGCUGGACCUGAAGCUCGGGCUGGUCAUGUUCUCCCUCUACUUCCUCUUCCUCGCCGUGUCCAUCACGUUCAAGUCCAUCUCUUGAACGGGGCGCGCCCCCGCCCCCAAAAGCCCCUCGCCCCCUCGCAUCGACACUCUCACGACCGCGCCCGAUCCGCGCGGCGGUCCCCGCUACGACGAAACGAAAAAACGAACCCGCUCCCGGAGCCGCGGCGGCGGAGCGCGACCCCCCGGCCCGAGGCGC